GACCCGGGGACGCUGCUGCAGACCACGUUCGCGUUCAGCUACAAGAACCGCGAGUACGAGGGUCAGGCUCUACACGUCCUUGCAUUGUACAAGGGCGAAGCGCAGAACAAUCUGAUGGGAAGAAUAUUGCACAUGCGCGCCGACGUCGAGGCCGAGUGCGCGUGUUCCACCAACGUCUGCGUCAAUUAUAUCACCAUACAGGCAAUUCACCUUGCUGCUGGUUCGGGUAAUGUGCCAGCUCUGAAGCUGCUCCUGGAUCACAACGCCGAUGUGAACGUCCGCGCUACACGGAAAGUCAAAGAUGGAGCUGACAUGGUGCUGAAGCCCCACUACACU